AUGCGGUUGACGAAUAUCUAUGGCCGCACAGCUGGAGCUUCGACGGUAGAUGUAGCAGCGCUAGACCAGGAGCUGAAGGAACUCCAAUGCGUUGUCGAUAAUUUUUCAAAGAAUCGGGUAUUGGAGUUAUCGGGAAUGCAGCUGAUGAAUGCUGGUGUCGAGUUGUAUAACGCUCCACGAGCUGCGCUCAGAGCUCUGCCUCAAGGGGAAAUUGAUGAAAAGCAGGGCGAUGGACGAGUGACAGCUUUUCCACGAUAUUCUUUGGUACUCACACGGUAUGUAGCCGCGAAGGUAAUGGAGCUCUCACUUACUUGCUCCAAUGAUAAGGAGAAUUUGGAGAACAGUGGGAAGAAUCUGGCAUCUUUUAUAGAUGAAUGCAUUGAUGUUCUGCGCUCGUUUGGCCGUGUCGGGAUGCUAAUGUUGGAGAGCGCGUCGCUGGACUGUGACAAGUGUGAGAUAUACCUGUCACUGGCAAAGGAUUCGUUCUUUUCGGCCAUGCAACUCUGGAGUCGCAUAGGACUCUUCCAUUUGACGAAGUUUAAGCAGGGCUUGGAAUUGGAGGAUAUUAUUGAUGAUUUGUGGGACUUCUGGGUAGACCGUGUACGAGUACAUCAGUUGCAUGCACAACAUUCCACCAAUUUAUCUGAAGAGGCUCGAGAUAUUCUGUCGUCGUUACAUGAAUUAAAAAUGCUUGCUCCUUACAAGACCUCAUAUGCUAGCAGCUUACUCGAUCUUAUGAAAAGUGUUAGUGAUGAUUACAGACAGGUGGCCUACCUAGAGCUGCAAGUGCCAUUUGUCGAGGAAGUUCUACGUAUCGGUGAUACUCUUGAGAACGAUGGUGAUGGUGAUUUUUUGAAGCGUGUAAUCUCUUUUCAGCAGCAUGUGCUUCUUAAUCUGCUGCAAGCGCUUUGCACAUCUGGAGAUUUCGAACAAGCAGAAAGAUGCUACCACCUAUUCCCAAACAAUAAAGACCCCAAAGUAUUGCUGCUGAUGAACAAGCUUUACGUCGACAAAGGCCACUUCGAUAGGGCCCAUCGCUUGCUUCAGUUGAUGUUUCAGCAGAAUUGCUUUGAAGACUCCAUUGCUGGGGCUCGUGUCUUCGCCCAAGGAUAUAAUUUCUCUGACAAAGGCCUGGAUAUUUAUCGAGAGCUUGCGGACAACUAUAAAGAUGCAGACUUUGUCAUUAAUUUGGAUGUCGCGUGCAGUCUUGCUUUUGUCGAGGGUAAAAGACAUGAAUCGAUGGAAGAGCUCAAGCGCAUUGGAUGCAUUUUGCUGGAAAAGCAGCGAGGUGGCCAAGUAAUCGACAGCAAACAUAUUCACCAGAUUCGGCAGACAUUUUUCGACGCUUUACAAGAGGCACUAAACUCAAACAAGCACGAAGAAUGUUUACGGUGGGCGGAUGCUGCAUUGGCUAUAUCUUCAAUACAAGAUGCAGCAAUGUACAUGAGGAUUUCUUCCCGGUCGUGCAUACAGCUAGGCCGCAAUUCUGAAGCUUUGGACUGGGCUGAAAAGGCUUUCGAUACUGAGCCUUCCAAACAAUCCCUGCUUGCUGUUUUUCAAGCGAAAAUCGAAGUGAGGCCAGAAGCAUCAUAUGAGACACUUGCGCACAUUGUAGAGCAAAUAAAAGCAAGGGAUGAUUUUUUUAUUAGUGAUUUGCUGGCCUUGGGAAAGAUUGCAAAUAGUUCAACUCAAUCGAGGGAAGAUAUUGUAAUGCUCAUAUUGGAUACAUUAUGUCAUCUUCUAUUGGAUAGUGACAUCCACCCGGCGAGUCUGUCCAUUGGUGUGGUCUUACAAAAAGCGGCUCAACUCGCAUUCACUAAAAGAAAAACUCAGCAACAAGUCGAGUCAAUUCCAUUAGACAAUUCAAAAGACUCGUACAGCCAAACAUUCUUGACAUAUACUGAUGCGCUGCUAUUGAAGUCGGCUAAUUUCGGCUUACUCGAACACAAGAAAAGUUUUGGGCCUUCAUCCGUAUUUGAGUGGUUUUUUCGGAUGAGCUUCGACAUAGCCAAAAGUACCGAAAACUCCAGAUAUUUUAUCCUGGCAGCCAAUAUCGCAGAGCGGAGCGACGAGCUGUACAAUGAGGAAUCACCGCUUCGGCAUCGAUGCCAGCCAUGCCUCUUAGCUGCUGUGAGUUCAGACGUCAAGAAAAUUGAGAUACUGAACAAAAGCCAAUUAUCGGACCUUCUCGGAGUGAUCAACCGAAUUGAAAGCAUUCAAGAUUGGGAUGCAACAGUUGCAGCCGAAUUGAAGUGCUACUUGACGAGGGUUACGAUAGCGGUGAAAUUAAGGCUUUUCGACACAGACACUACCGCGAUAUUUAAUCUUUGCAAGGCCAUACAGCAAAGCGGUCCAGAGCUUGAGGAAAUUGGAGAGCUGGUAAUGUAUGCAACGAGAUUCGAUGAAGCGAAUAAUAUUCGAGAAAGCUAUCGCUCACUAGCGGGACAAAUCUUCAGCUACGGACUUCAAGUCCUCAUUCACGAGGGCUCAACAGACUCCAGUAAGCUGUGCUACCUGCUACGACGGCUAAUUAUGCUGGCAGAAUCGAAGUUGAACGCAUUUGAGUGGUUCGAGCAAGUACUUCAACUAGUCGACAAUUUGGACGUGAAGCCUUCUGAGCAUGAGAUGGAGUGGUUUGCCGUUAAGGCGUGGAACAUCGGUGUGCUUUGUCAGCGCAGCAACAACACAAAAGAAGCUCUUCGGUUUAUGACAGUUGCCCAGUCUAUUUUGAGACGCAGCGACACACUUGUGGAAAAACUGGGCGAUGAAAUGAGUCGCCAAUACCAGGCGCUUUUAGGAGUCAGCACCAACUCUGUACCCAGCGCAUGA